UGCGCCGGUCGUGUCAGUGCUAGCUUGUUGCUCGAUGCAGCAGCAGGAGCAGCCUGCAUGGUGACCGUCACAGAGAAAGACAGUAGAAAAGAGAGGGGCUAAAACGAGAGAGGAGGACUCACCGCUCCCGGCCUCCGCUCAUGCAUGCGGACACCGGCCUCGGACCGGACGGACGGACAGCAGGACCGCGAAUCACCGGAAACAUGGCGGCGGGAACAACAAGCUGCUCGGAGCCUUAGCGUCCACAAAUCAGAGGCAGGAGGCGAGCGGAGGAGCAUCACCUAUGCAGAGGCAAUGAGGUGAGCGCUGAAAGCAGCAUCCUGUUUCAAACCAUCAAUACGAUCAACGCACUAAGACGAGCCAUGGCCUACAAGAUACCCGCGGCAGCGAUGGACAGAGUCAGCCUGCUGUGGCGUCUGAGGCGGCGGGCUCGCCGCGGCGUGCUCUGCAUGACCUUCUUCUGCAUCUCCAUGGCUCUGCUCUACGCCAUCUGUGCUGAAAACAGCGUGCCCGUCACCGACGCCAUCUUUGGCGUCCGGGCACGAACCCGCGCGCAGCCUCAUGCGCACAAUGUCAUCAAGGUGCUGCGAGGUGGAGCCAAGCCCAUGUACACGGACCCUCAGAAGCUCCCGGGCGUCAUCCCAGGCGACCCUCGCCGUCCGAUCCCCGUCCUGUCCUCGUCCAACCACAGCCACGAAGCCAGGGAUUCGUCGUCGAAGCGGAAACAGCGGGAGCCCCCGGGGUUUUUCAGCCGGCUGCUGCCGCGCCCCUUCACGCGAGCGCUGGAGACCCUGUUCGGGGGCCGGCGGAAGGGCGAGCUGAGCGGCAGAGGCAGCGACGCCGAGUUCUUCGGGCCUAACGGGCUUUUGGGAGAGGUGUGGGACGACGAGAUGUCCAGCAGCAUGCUGGGAACCAGGAUGAAGAAGGUGGUGCAGAACUACCAGGCGAUGAACAAAUACGGAGUCGAGCUGUCGGGCCCCGGCGGCGUCUCUGGCACGCCGAAGCUGAGCGGUCCCGAGCUUCUCUGCCAACUGAAGGACAAAGUAGAGGUCGCGACUUUGACCCCUGACCUCCAGCCCUUCUCCUUGCUGCCCUGGGCCACCCAGCUGCCUCCGCAGCAGCUGACCUCUGACCUCGGACCCUACAAGAGCUGUGCUGUGGUGUCAUCGGCGGGUUCGCUGCGCUACUCUGGGCUGGGCAAAGAGAUCGACUCACAUGAAGCUGUGCUGCGCUUCAACGCUGCGCCCACCACCGGGUACGAGAAGGACGUCGGGUCCAAAACCACCAUCCGCCUCAUCAACUCACAGGUGAUGGCGUCUGAUGACCACCGCUUCCUGUCCAGUUCUCUGUACAGCUCAGGUGUUCUGGUGGCCUGGGACCCCGCCCCCUUCUCUGCAGAUCUCACAAAGUGGUUCAACAGGACUGAUUACCCCAUCUUCGCCCAGUACCAGAGGUACAGGAGGCUCCACCCUCUGCAGCCCUUCUACAUCCUGCAUCCUCGCUUUGAGUGGCAGAUCUGGCAGCGAAUACAGGACAACAUGGCCGAGCCCAUCCAGAAGAACCCGCCCUCCUCCGGCAUGCUCGGCACCGUCCUGAUGAUGUCGCUGUGCGAGGUGGUGCACGUGUACGAGUUCCUGCCGUCCCGGAGGAAGACGGAGCUCUGCCAUUACUACCAGCGUUUCUACGACGCCGCCUGCACGCUGGGCGCCUACCACCCGCUGCUGUACGAGAAGAACCUGGUUAAGCGCAUGAACCAGGGCUCCGACCGCGACAUCUACACCAACGGACGCGUCACGCUGCCCGGCUUCAGGAAGCUGAACUGCAGCCAGACUGCUGGAGGAGACCGCUGACUGCAUCAACACACAAAUCUGAGUCCUGCAUGAAGAUGAGCCGACGCAUGCAAACCUCAUCCUCACUACUGAACCACAAAGAGCGCUCUAUAAAUAUUUCAUGCUGUUAACACACACACUGGAGUCCGACCAGCUCAUACAUGUGCUGCUGUACACACAUCCCUGUGAGGUCAUUGGCGCGUGAUCACUGGAUGCUUCUUAGUUGCCCAAAUUUUGAUGCUCAUGUUGACCUUAGAGGAUAAUUCUGGUGGUUUUCAAGCAAUCUCAGUGAUUGCCUUUAACUCAGGGGUGAGGAACUCCAGGCCUCAGGGGCCGGCGUCCUGCGGGUUUUAGAUCUAACCCUGGGCCAACACACCUGAAUCACAUGAUUAGUUCAUUGAUAGGCCUCUGGAGAACUUCAAGACAUGAUGAGGUCAUUUAACCACUUAGAUCAGCUGUGUUGGAUCAAGGACACAUAACCUGCAGGACACCGGCCCUCGAGGCCUGGAGUUUCCCACCCCUGCUAUAACUGCGAGGUGGAGAGCGUCCGAGUGAGUGACAGACCACCAAAAAUGUCCUCUGAUCAAAAAGUGCAUAUUAAUAUUUUCCAGGACAUCCAGCCAGUUUUGAGGGGUCCAAAAUCAUUUCUUCCUGAAGUUAAAAAGCAGAUAAAAUCCAAAAUUUAGCAAACUGGGUCAUAAAUAUCAGUCGUGCGCAGGUCCAGCGACACCGUCUCUGCUUGUGUGUUUGUGUUCUGGUUUCUUGUUCAGGCAGCAGGAGGCCGCUGUGCCUGUGUGUGAUUACAUACAUGAUGCUUACACACCUCACUGAACCCGUUUAUUGAAGAAGAUACUGCCUGCAGAUGAGUUUACUUCUAACUUAACCCAAAAGGUCACUUCGUAGGUUUUUUACACACUUUGUGAGUCCUGCCAUUUCCAGUAAUCUUUUUGUAAUCCUCACGUAGUGUAAAUAUUAUGAGAGUAUUAUAGGAGGAGGGUCUUUACUGUGAUAUCAGCAUUUGAUUUUUCUCCAACGUAAAAGCCCCACUCGGUUUAUAUGGACAUGCUAACUGAUAUUUUAUCUGCAGUAUUUGUUUCUUCAGUCCGUGACACACUGAGCUCGUGGCAAAAACAUGACACAAAAUCCAAACUUAUACAGGGUGGGCCGUUUCUAUGGAUACAGCGUGAUAACAUGGGAAUGGUUGGUGAUAUUAAA